GGUGUUAAUAUGGAUCAAGAAGCCAUGAUGGAGAGUGACAGGCUUAUAGCCGUGAACGAAAACGACCGGCUUGUUCGGAACGUGAACUUGUCCAAACGCAACGGGCAUACCUUCAAUAAAGAGACGCCACGGGCGGCGCUUCACCGCGCGUUUUCAUUCUUUUUGUUUGACGAUCAAGAUCGCAUGCUUUUGACCCAACGUGCCGGCACCAAAAUUACCUUUCCCAACGUCUGGACCAAUACCUGCUGCAGUCAUCCUCUCUACGAUAUGACACCGAACGAAGUAGAUGUUGCCGACGAUGCCUAUCCCAUGUUUCCUGGUAUUAAGCACGCAGCGGUGCGGAAAUGCAAACACGAACUGGGAAUUGCACCAGAAAACCUCCCCAAGGAGGACAUCCAAUUCCUGACCCGGUUUCACUAUUGGGCCGCUGAUACUGUUACUUACGGAGACGAUACUGCUUGGGGAGAACACGAAAUAGAUUACAUUUUGUUCCUUCAAGUGAAUGGACAAGUGCCCGUAGAUGCGAAUCCCGACGAAGUUUCGGACUAUAAGUAUGUAUCAAUGGAGGAAAUGAAAGACAUGAUGGAGGAUCCCGAUUUGUUGUGGUCGCCCUGGUUCCGGGGUAUUAUGAAUCGCGGGGGUUUCGAGUGGUGGGCCGAUUUACGU